AUGGAGCGCACAAACUCGGCCUCUUCUGCACCUUCACGCUCCGGUUCGUCGUCAGGCGCAUUCGCCUAUCAGACUCGCCUUCUCGAACGGACUGCAUCCACUAGAGGCGGUACUUCGGUGUCGAGGAGCAACUCCCAGUCGAGUAUGAGCAUUUUGACGAAUCCUACAGGCUCAUCUGCAGCUCCCAAUACCCGUCGCUGGGUUCCAUCUCAUCGCGUCGCCAACAGCUUGGACGCUGUUCGUGGCAGAUGGGAAGAGCGUUCGCGGGAUGCUGCGAUGGAGGAUCAUACGGUCUCCUCGUCGUCUCCAACUAGAAGCACGCCAAAUCCUCAGCUCUCCGCUGACAACCAGCGACCUCCAUACAUUCCGUCUUCUCCUUCCCAUUCCAGUUCCUUACCCGAGCAACAGCGGACUCCGCCAUAUCUCAAACGGUAUACAAUGCCGGCACCCAUCAUUGCAUCCCCUUUGUCGCCCAACACUACAGGAGUUUCCGUAGAAGCUGACCCUCUGCCUUCUUCUGCUACCACACAUCGAAUUCACUUGCCUUCUUCACCUACGUCUUCUUCUGCUUCUGAUAAGACCAGAGAUACCGAUCAAUACCUAUCUUCUACCAUUUCUAGUGCAGAGUCUUCCCCUUCCCCGUCUCGUCAUCGCGCAACCACACUGGGUGGCUCCAGUUCGCCGAGCUGGUCGUUAUACGAUCGCGAAGUAACAGCUUCACCGCCGCAUGAAGCUUCGUCUUCCAACCAUGAUCCUUUCAUUUCAACCCCGCCAUCUACGCCUCUGAAGAGACGUCCUAUGUCCUAUUAUGGCGGCAUGUCGUCCUCCGACAAAGCCACAGUCGGGCCCUCCAUCUUCGAUCGAACAAACUCGUACAAACGUUCCUUAGAGGCUUCAACACCUACCAACCCAUCUUCCGUCAUGUCACCUACCCCAUAUCGCAGUUCAUAUAUGAACAAUAAGAAGGCAGCAACGUACAGUGAGAGCUUGACUGCCGGAAGGAGACUCGGGAAGCAUUUGCCCCGUAUUGCCAGUGGAGAUGGGGAUGAUCAUUGGGAGGAGAAGAAGGACUUUCCAAAAGAGUGGGUUGAGGCGAAGGAGGUCAAUCUACCAAUGAAAGAAGUGAAAGUCGUUGAGACGACGCCCACAAGGAGGGAGAUGCGGGUUCGCGAUCUCAACGUUGGCAUAGAUCCAGGCUCGGAGUCCAAACGGAGAGAGGAGAUGGGUCUACCCGUCGUAGAUGAGGGCGAUGGAGUGGCAGGUAUCCCCGGGAGACUGCGUCUGUCGCGAUACAGGGCACCCAAUGCUCAGACUCCUAUGCCUUCUUCACGACUAGCGAGAGGCUUAUGGGCAGACACUCAAAGGCAUCUCAUACAAGCUUAUGAGUAUCUGUGUCACGUAGGAGAGGCUCAACAGUGGAUCGAAGGUUGUUUGGGAGAGGAGUUGGGGUUUGGUGUCGUCGAAAUGGAAAGCGGUCUACGAAACGGGGUCGUUUUAGCCAAACUGGUGAAGGUGUUCACUCGGGAUGCCAUCGUCAAGAGAAUCUACGAGGCGCAAAAGUUGUCCUUCCUUCAUUCAGAUAACAUCAACUACUUUUUUGCUUUCGUUCGUCAAGCCGGUCUACCAGAAGGCUUCAUUUUUGAACUCACGGACUUGUACGAAAAGAAGAACCUUCCAAAGGUGAUUUACUGUAUCCACGCAUUGAGCCAUCUUCUUGCUCGACGUGGUUUGGCAGAACGUAUCGGCAAUCUUUUGGGACGGCUGCAAUUCUCUGACGACCAACUUCAGAAAACUCAGAAAGGCUUGAAGGAUGCAGGCGUUACGAUGCCUAAUUUCGGCAACGUCGGCCGGGAGCUUGCUAAGGAGAUCAACGAAGAGCCGGAAGUUGAAGUAGAAACAGAGGAUGAACGGCGAGAUCGUUUGCUGCUUGAAACCGAAGGCUCGAUCAUCAAGCUUCAAUCCCAGUGUCGAGGAUACAUUGCUCGCCAGGCUGAGGCUGCGCAGCGGGAUCGCAUGCGACUUAUUGAGCAUUACGUGGCAAAAAUACAGGCACGCUGCAGAGGACAGCUUCUUCGCCGAGAACUUUCUGAACAACGCAGUGAACAGCGAGACCUCGAACCGUGGGCUGUCGCACUCCAGGCAUCUCUGCAUGGCGCAUUGUUUCGAAAAGAGUGGCACUCACACCUUCUUGAUAUCCGAAGCUCUUCAUCCUGUGUAAUCAAGAUACAAGCCCAGCUGCGCGCUGCACUUCAGCGACGUCGCAUGGUCGGGCUCAUGGCUGCUCUAAGGACAAGUCGAUCUUCCUUUGUCAAGCUACAGUCAAUGGCACGCCUACGUUUAGUGAAGAGAAGCAUCAACCAGGUUUCAAAAACCUUUGUCGAACCUUCUGUCGCAACCUCUGUGAUGACAAUGCAGGCAUUCUCUCGGGGUGCCAUUGCUCGGCAGCGGGCUAUGCAGCAAGUCAAAACGCUGCAUAAUUACGAAGGAACUUUUGUUGCCCUCCAGUCGCAGUGCCGGGGUAUCCUUGUUCGGCGGCAGAUGCGUAAACAAAUGGCGAAGUUGGAGGAUGUCACGCGGACGGUCAUACGUAUACAGGCUGCUUCUAGGACCUACCUAGCGAGGAAGCGCCUUUUGUCACUUAUACGAGGACUUCGAAAGGCAACGGCAUCGGUUGUCAGUUUUCAGACCAUUGCGAGAACAAAGAUUGUCCGGCAACAGCACAAAGCGAUGACUCGGGCCUUGAUGACCGUCACUACCAUCAAAGCUGUGGGGAGUUUACAGGCUCUAGCUCGCGCCUCCCUAGCCCGAAGUAAACACCAGGAAGUCACCAGAAAGUUGGAAUUUGUUGCGCCUGACAUGGUCCGCUUUCAGGCUGUCGCACGGGGCGUACUUGCGCGGGAUGACUAUUUCGCUUGGCGGGAUCAUCUACUUGCUAGUCAGGAUGUUGCCACGUUUCUACAAGCCUUGUCACGAGGUGCCAUGGUACGGCGCAAAUUCCGUUCGAAAAUGGAUUACUACCGCUCGAAUCUAAGCAAGGUCAUUCAAAUCCAGUCUCUCAUGCGCGCCAAAGAAACUCGGGAGCAAUAUCGACAGCUCACUAUGGGUCAGAACGUCACCGUUGGAACAAUCAAGAAUUUUGUGCACCUGUUGGAUGACUCAGAGGCCGAUUUCCAGGACGAGAUCACGGUUGAGAGGCUGAGGAAGAGGGUUGUGCAGCAAAUCAGGGAGAAUCAAGCAUUGGAAAGCGAUCUAAACGAUCUGGACACCAAGAUCGGUUUAGUUGUAGAAAACAUGAAGACAGUUAAGCGGCGACAUACUGACAAUGCUGCUGGUCAUGCUGCCCGGACUUCAUUGCUUGCUGCUCACGGUGAUCCAUUUUCCGGACCCAACACUCUGGAUCACACUGCUCGACGGAAGCUCGACUUGUAUCAGCAACUAUUCUAUCUCCUUCAGACGAGAGGAGAAUACUUAAGUCGCCUUUUCUAUCUUAUCUCACAAGGGAAUGCCGCCGAGUCGAAUCGCCGAUUCGUUGAGCGAGUCGUGUUAACGCUAUUCGGUUACGGUCAAGAUAGCCGGGAAGACUAUUUACUACUCAAGGUUUUCCAACUGGCCAUUCGAGAUGAAUUCGUCUUGGCGACUUCAUCGAGCGACAUCGUACGCGGGCAUCCGAUGUAUAUCAACAUCGCCGUGCAUUACCUUAGGCAGAAACAAGCCGUUUAUGUACGAGAAGCCUUCCAAGAUGCUAUUCAGAAACUAGUCGAUCAUCCUGAUCUUGACCUGGAAGCCGAUCCUUGCACGAUCUAUGAGGAGAGAACUAGACGUGAAGAGAUGAGGUCUGAAAUCUCAAUUAGCAAACCGAAACAAGUCAACUUUCAUGAAGCGUUGAGGGACCCCGAUACUAGGGCUAUUUACAUAAGACACAUACAAAUGCUGCAAUGGGCCACAACUGUAAUGGUGCAGGCGAUCAUGGAGUCGACGAAAAAGAUGCCAUACAGCAUACGCUAUCUCGCCCGUGAAACUCUUCACAUGGCUCGCGAGACGUUUCCGGAUGCUCCUAAUGAAAUUUAUGCUGCAUGCAUUGGACGACUGGUAUUCUAUCGCUACAUCAAUCCCGCUAUCGUGACCCCUGAAACGUUCAACAUCAUUUCUACAACUCUCGAUGUCCAGUCUCGUAGCAACUUGUCCGAGGUUUCUCGUGUACUCACCCAGAUCACGAGUGGGUCACCGUUCGGCGAGGAUAAUCCCAGCUAUGUUCCUAUCAAUGAUUAUGUUCGGAAGACGAUCGACGAAAUGAUGGCGUGGUUUCUUGAAGUCGCUAACGUGCCGGAUGCAGAGAUACAGUUUCAUGCUCACGAAUUCCUUGACGCCACAGUGCAACCCAAGCCGAUUUAUAUCUCUCCAAAUGAAAUUUAUUCUAUGCACGGAUUGUUGUCGCAACAUCAAGACAACCUGGGUCAAUCAUCUGAUGAUGCACUCAAAACCAUUUUGAGAGAAUUAGAUGGUGUUCCUCAUUUCGGUAAUGAAGAGUUGAAAGAUGCCAGAGAUCAUGUUAUUACUCUUGAACUCACGAAUCGCUUUGCUGACGUCAAAGAUCCGCAUGCAGAGGAGAAGGCGCUCUGGGUACAAGCUAAACGCGGUGUUUUGGCAAUUCUUCGUGUACAACCAGCGCAAGAUCUAGUGGAAUCACUAUUACAGCCAGUAACAGAUGACGACGAGCUGAUAUGGGAAGGCGUCCUGGACGCUGAAAUCAUAAACGAAGAAGCUAGACAUCAUCCUGGACGCCAAGCCUCUCAAGCCGUUGCAGAUUCUGCCUACCGGUUGGAAGACAUUCGAUCUUUAACCUUUCGAGCUGUCAAAGCUCUGGCUAUUUCGUACUUAUUGAAGCUGGAGGAGCGAGGAAAGAUAUCUCGUGGUGAUGGCUUCCAAGGCAUUCUAAAUGCUAUUGCUGGUGAUGUGCGCAGUAAACACCGCAAGCGUAUCCAGCGACAACAAGAAAUGGAAAGUAUGAACGAGGCGCUAAGACAAUUGGGCGAGAGGAAAAAGCAGUUUGAGGAGAGAAUUGACAGCUACCACCGCUAUGCUCAAUCAUCCAUGGCUACCAUGGUCACAAAACCGCGCAUUAAACGCUUCACUUUGCCUUUCACCAAACAAUAUUUCCAUCUUCGUGAUCUCCAAAAGUCGGGGCAGACCCCCAAGUUUGGUUCAUAUCUGUACACUGCCAAGGAUCUUUACGAGAAGGGUAUCUUAUUAUCCAUCGAUCAGUACUCUCCUCGUCAGUUUGACAAAAUACAGCUGACAAUGUCGUCUAAUUCUGCUGGUGUCUUCAAUUUACUUCUGGAAUCAACCUUGAUUGGUGGCAUCACUACCAAGAUGGGUACGGAUGAAGUACAGAUGGAAGAGCUUCUUCAGGCGAAAUAUGAGCAACGGUUAUCGUUGACCUUAUUUAAAGGACAGGCCAAGGUGAACUUGGAUCUUUUUGUGCGUCAGAUUAACAAGAAGUAG